CCGUCCAACAUGCAAAUCGUGUCCCUGUUGCUACUGUGAUUUUGGUUCUUAGUAAGUCCUCAGCACACCCGGUGGCAACAUGCCUCUGACGACAAUGUUCUGCUUCCGGCUCACGGUCCGGUUAGGUGCAAUAAUUGUUGGAGGAUGCUGUAUUCUGGAAACACUCAUCACCAUGAUUAUGCUGACGGCAUUGGGCAGUGGGUCGUUCUUGCGGGCGGAGGCGCUUCACUACGAAGCCAAUAUGCAGCUCUACAAUCCGCAUGCCAUCUUCAUUUGGUUCAUUCGAAUGUUCAAAACGAAGCCGGAUUUGUCGUUCGUGAUCAUAAUGAGCACCAUGGGACUGUACCUGCCCUGCUGUGUAGCAAUGAUGGCGGGAGCAUUUUACAUGAAACGUUAUCUGCUAGUUCCGUUCAUCGUGGUUGAACUGGUGCGCCUGGUUACGCUUACCCUUACACACGUGAUUGGAAUGAUAGUGAUUAAAAAAUCGAUAAAUGUAGGCUACCUGAUAGCGCUCACGAUAUCCGGAGGUUUCUCGUUGCUGCUCCUGUUUUACCUGUGGGCGUGCGUGGUGGCCUUGUUUCAAGUUUUGAAGAUCGUCCGCUCGCCAGAGUACAUCGCCGUGUUUGGCGACAAUCCACUGGCUCCGGUGGUGGCCGAAGGGUCGCCGACGUUCAAGCCACCGCUGCCAGAUAACCCUGCCACCCAGCUGCAGUACACCAGGAAGGAACACCAACCGAAGCUCGCGAUACCCUUGCCAAUGGCCCCGUUCAGCGGGGCCAACAUGCUGCUGGAUGAUUUCCGCGCGCUGCACAGUCGCUAUUCUUACAGCUGGGCCAUUUGAGCAGCGCCUACA